AUGGUUGAGCCUAGCCCUACCGCACUGCACCUCUCCAAUGUGGAUGGCAGCAUGACAUGUUGUGGUGUCAAAGUAGAACAAGAGGAGAUCAACAGAGGAACUGGACUUAUCGGUAAUACUGAAUCUGCUCUGAAGAUGUCUCCCUCUCGUGACUGGGUGGGGAAUCAGCCACUGGUGGUGCGUCAACUUACACCACCACUCUCCUGUUCACCUUUGGAGAAUUCUCCAGGUAAGGAGUUGCUGCACAUACAAAGCCAGAUGACACUCAAAGAUACAGCGCUACAGGAUCCAGCAAAAGGACAGUCCAAGGAAGGAAACCCAGAGUCUCUGGCAGAGAAGGAGCUCCAGUUGUUGAUGAUGAUCAACCAACUUAGUGGACUUAGGGAACAGCUCCUGGGUGCCCACUCUGAGCAGAGAAACAUGGCUGCUUUGCUUCUGGAGAAACAGCAGCAGCAAAUGGAGCUGGCCCGGCAGCAGCAAGAACAGAUUGCUAAACAACAACAGCAGCUGAUCCAGCAACAGCACAAGAUAAACCUUCUUCAGCAGCAGAUUCAGCAGGUCAACAUGCCCUACGUGAUGAUCCCUGCUUUCCACCCCAACGCCCAGUCUCUUACAGUCCCCUCAGACCCACAGAUGAGUUUACCAUUGCAGCCAAUACCAUGCAAGCCAGCUGUGGACUAUCCCAUGCAGUUGCUAUCUACCCCUGUCAAGAGGAGCAGUGGUUCCAGCCGACAGGAAACAGGUCAGCCCUUGAACCUAACAUCCAAGCCUAAAGGAAUGGAGCUGAGGAAAGCCCCUAGUCCAAAGUGUAUGCAGAUGGGCUCAGUGGUGAUGCAGGGCGCCUACAGACAAAUGGAUAUAACAAAGGAGGCUUCCAACAGCCCACCUCGACCCACCCUCACAUUAUUCAGAGACAGUGAUGUGGUCACGCAAGCCAUCCAUGAUGCCCAGCAGCUACUGAGGAAUCACAAUGCCGGAGGCCAAGGCAAAGAGAGGGAACGAGAAACUGACAGAGAAACCAUCAGAUUGGAGUGCAAAUAUCCUCCCUCAUGCAGUGAUAAAAGCAUACAUUCUGAGCAAGGUGACGAACAACACACAUUGCUGCCCAUGGACGACCACCUCAGUGACUCUGAGAGUACGCUGCAGGUCCAAGGCAGCUACUCUGAGGCCCGCCCCCCUUCGUCCUCAGGACACAUCAAGAGACCCAUGAAUGCCUUUAUGGUUUGGGCCAAGGAUGAGCGCAGGAGAAUCCUGCAGGCAUUUCCUGAUAUGCACAACUCCUCCAUCAGCAAGAUCCUGGGCUCCCGGUGGAAGUCCAUGUCCAACCAGGAAAAGCAGCCUUACUAUGAAGAGCAAGCUAGGUUGAGCAGGCAGCACCUUGAGCGCUAUCCAGAUUACAAAUACAAACCCCGGCCCAAGCGCACUUGUAUUGUGGAGGGACGGAGGUUAAGGGUGGGCGAAUACAAAGCCAUGAUGAAGAGCCGGCGACAGGAACAAAGGACAACGUACACCAGAAGUCCAACAGAACCACAGCCCAUCCAUUAUUCACACAAUGAUGCCUCAUACCCGCCUGGCAGUUGCGGCAGCUCUGUCUCCGUGUCGUCCAUGUCUUUUCACUCCUCCCUUCUAGAGCAUUACCUUCCUCAACAGCCUACCUCGCACAGAAUCGAUGGUCCGGCUACAGCACCCCCUUUGGCCCGGGUGAGACAGAGGGACAGAGAACGAGAGCAGGCGAUCUACAGCGAAGGAGAGGAAAGUGACAGAGGGGAGAAAAGUGAAGGGGAACUUGUGCUGCUGACAGAUUGA